UAAAAAAGUUCAAGUUGACAAAAAAAAAAUCGAAGAAAAAAACAUUAAUAGUUUCAAAAUAAUGAGUCAAACAGAAAAGUGAAAUAAUAAUAAAUAUUAUGCGUAUACAAAGUUAUAUAUAACUAUGUGCGUACACUGUUGCAAAAAUAUACCACAAUAUUUAGAACAAAAGAAGCACAACGCACAAAAAAAAUUCUAGUGCAUGAAUUUAUAACUUUGUACAUAAUAAAUUUGUAUGUAAAUAAAGAAUUUUACACAAAAUCAUACAUAGAAACGAGAUAAAAUAAAAAGUGUUACAACAAUCGAAUUAUAAAAGAAUAGCAGCCGACACGCAUAAUACAACAGUAAAAACAAUGCGAACAAAAACAACAAUAAUCGUAAAAUUACAAAGAAAUACGCAUAAUCACUGAAAGUACUUAAUUUGUUCACACACACACGCACACACAUCAAUUGUGUAGGGUGCAAAAAAAAAGCAAAACGAAACGUCUGCGUCGGUAGACAUUUAAGAAAAAUAAAUAAAUAAAAAAAGAAUAAAAUAAAAAAAAGUAAAAAAUUUGCAUUAAAGAAGAUCGAAGAGAAGAGUGCCCUGCACUAACAAAGAAUUCGCUUAAGCCAGAAGCACACGCGUUAUACAUACAUAUAUACGAGUAUGUAGUGUGCACGCGCCAAAACCGCUAAUGCAGCACAGCAUCCGCUUGAAUCGCGCGACCGGUUAUCGAACUUUCGCGUAUUGAACGCAUCGGAAUUGUCUAAAGAAUAAAGAAGGAAAAUUGAAAAAAAGAAAUAACUUUUGUGCACGAGUAUAAUGCAGGAGGAGUAAAAUCUUACUUAAAAGCACCAAAUGCUUGACAAUGAAAUUCGCCACAAUAAAAUGGGAAGCAGUGCAAUAAGCUUGUAAAGCUUCAAAAAUCGAUCAAAUACCAUCAACUUUCUCAUAAAAUCAAAACUUGCUGAUGGUAUAAAAUUAACAAAUUUAAAAAAACAUAGAGCUUAAUUACACACAUCGAAUUUCUAACUCGUAGUCGUAACCACAUACGAAAUAAAUACUUUUCCAUUAACGCUCCACGCACCAAAGCACAAAAGUGGGAGCCAUAGAUCAUACAACUCUCUCGCACUGCUUUAUAAUGAAAUGGAUGUGCAACAAAUAUUUGGUCAUAGACCAAAGAGAGCAUUACACACGGCAACAUCAACUAGUACAACAACAAAUGCGAAUAUCGCACAACCAUACACCUGUCGCCUGGCAAAUGCCGCAUGGACUCAACUCUGGGAAGCCGACAUCUGGUGUCAGCCACAAGCAAACAACAGUCAGUACACCAGCGACGGCAGCGUGGACGAUAUCACUCCUGGAACAAUACAAAACGCGCACACAACACUCCCAACCAAAGCGACCGCGAAUAAUACUAUCGACACCGCGGAUCCACCUUCGCCAACAACCGAAACAUCAAUUAAUCAAACAUACCGUUGUAUACUUAGACAAUUCGACGGGGCGUUACAAAGAGCACGCUACAAAUGCCAGACGAUUUCAGCGAACAAUGCGGACCGUGCAGCGGGGCUGGAGCAGAACGAAAUCGGCUCAGAACCAUGGGGAGAGGCGGCAGUGGGCGAGGCGCUGGGCGGCGGCGGCGGUGUUAGUGGCGAUGCGGACAGUGUCGAUUGCGUAAUAAAUACGGAAGUGAUAGUGCAGCAGCUGCGACGUCCAGUAGUCAAUUUCAAUUUGGCACUAACGAAGCAGCAGCGAGGGCAACAGCCACAGCAAUUACAGGGUGAUCAUAUUAGUCAUUUAGUUGAUAGUAUUAAUUUUAGUGACACAGCAGCACAGAGUGCAAAUUGCAAUUUAGUACAAAGACAAACGUUGCAUUGUGAUGGCACGGCCAUACUGGAUACCGACACGCUAGAAGCGACAACAAAAGACGUUGUCAUGACGACCAGCGUGGAGGAGGCCAAUUUGAAUGCAGCCGAAAGCAGCAGCACCUCAAUGUUAGAGGAUUUGGUUUGUUACCUGCGCAUACAGUACGAGGAAAUAACAGCCUCACUUACAAAAAAGCCACCCGCCAAUCAAGCACCACACGCCGCCGCUGUUGUAGAUGACUUCAUACAGCGAAACUUGACUGAAAGCCUAGCCGGCAACGAUGAUUUUAACGGCAACCCGUUAAAUGGUGCUUGGCAUAAUUUCCUCCAAAGCACGCGCAGUAAGCUGAACACCACCGACCUAUGGCCCCAACUGGGCGCCCAACUUAUGAACUCAACAACUGGACAGACCAACUACAGUUGGCUUACAGGUGCUUAUGAGGAUACGCUGUGGUCGUGGAAUGCAUUUGAUGUGAUGGCAAAUGACAGUGUAACUGACAGCGCUUCUGCUACCAGCACCACCGAAAGUGAUCGCAGCGCUUCGCUGGCGGCACUGUGGGGACCACGCAAUCUCAGCUACGACGUUGCAUUGGGCAAUAAGCUAACAAAACAGAACGAGUAUGAGUGGAUUUUCCUUUGUGUGAUUUUUUUUAUAUUUGCCGGUGGUCUUGGCAAUAUUCUAGUCUGUUUGGCUGUGGCUCGCGAUAAGAAAUUGCAAAAUGUCACUAACUAUUUUCUCUUCUCGCUGGCGAUAGCUGACCUCCUUGUUAGCCUCUUUGUGAUGCCGCUGGGUGCGAUACCAGCGUUUUUAGGUUACUGGCCGCUCGGUUUUGUAUGGUGCAAUAUCUAUGUGACGUGCGAUGUGUUGGCUUGCUCCUCGAGCAUCCUGCAUAUGUGCUUCAUCAGUUUGGGACGAUAUUUGGGCAUACGCAACCCGUUGGGAUCGCGGCAUCGUUCAACCAAGCGUUUGGCUGGCAUUAAAAUUGCCAUUGUUUGGGUUAUGGCUAUGAUGGUGUCGAGUUCGAUUACAGUACUGGGUCUGAUGAAUCGUCACAAUAUAAUGCCCGCUCCAAACAUUUGUGUUAUAAAUAAUAGAGCAUUCUUCGUCUUCGGCUCACUUGUAGCAUUUUAUAUUCCAAUGUUAAUAAUGCUCACCUCCUAUGCUUUGACAAUACCGUUGUUGCGUAAGAAAGCUCGCUUUGCAGCUGAGCAUCCAGAAAGCGAACUCUUUCGUCGCUUGGGCGGCCGGUUUACCAUUCGUCCACAGCAUAGUCAACAGCAGUUGCAACUACCCAACAGCACAAGCUUUCGUCGAAGCAAUAAUAGCCACACUACCUACACCAAAUAUUGUAGCAGCGAUAAUAAACGCAAUUCCGACGGCAACAAUGAUGAAAACAUUAAUAAUACGGGGUUUGCUGAUAGCGACACGCGGCAGCAGAUGCAGGGAUUUCGACAAACCGCAAAUAAUGCAAACUACUCAAAUGGCUGUGGUAAGGCGGCUAAUGCCAGUGAAGGUGGCGGCAUCCUCUUCAGGUGUCGCACGAGUUUUCGUCGCAACACCCUGCGGCACUCGUCAACGUCAUCGGUGCGUAUUAAGUCGCCCACUCGCGACAUCAUCAGUGUGGAUCGACUGACGCAAUCCCAAUCGGCUCAGCACAGCAGCUUUUGGCGAACACAUGGCAACAAUCCAAAUUUAAUGGACAGUCAUCCCAAUCGACGAGCAACGGUGCGUGUUAGUGCCUCCCAACCGCAAUUGGGUUAUUCCACAAUUGGAAAUGCUCUGAUGCGUGGUAGUGGCGAUGGUGGCGGUGAUUGUGGCAAUGGCGGAAACGGCACUGCUUUGCGAAGAGAUGUCAUUAGCAGCAUCAGUGGCGGUACGGCCACGACCAACAAUAAUGGCAGUGCAGGCACGUUGCUCUCACGACAGCCGAGUGUCACUUGUGAACAAAGCACCCAAACACCCGAUUCCAUAAUGCGCGAAACGCGUCGCCAUAAGCUGAAAGCAUUCAAAUUCUCACUGAACAAUGUCACAACGCCAGCUUUGAAUUUGCGUUUCCUGAACAAUCGCAACAAACGCAGCAAUUUAUCAGCCAAUGCAGUCGCCACCGAACAGAAAGCCACGAAAGUUCUCGGUCUGGUAUUUUUCACCUUCGUCCUCUGUUGGUCGCCAUUUUUCAUUUUGAACAUAAUUUUUGCCGCUUGCCCCGAAUGUCAAGUACCCGAGCAUGUAGUGGACACAUGUCUGUGGCUCGGUUAUGUCUCAUCAACAAUUAAUCCUAUUAUUUAUACGAUUUUUAAUCGAACAUUUCGCGCGGCUUUCAUACGGCUGCUGAAGUGUAAUUGCGAACGCUCGGGUCGACCAUCACGCUAUCGCUCCGUUACCGAAGGACGCGGUGCAUUAAGUCUCUGCGCCCCAUCUGCGCUGCCGUUGGCCAUCUCAUUUCAAGGUGCACCGCUGAUGACACCAUCAACGGCAAAUGCGACGCCGUUAAGUGAUUUUCGUGGCAGUUAUACGAUCACAGAUGAUGAGUGUUAAGAGUGAAGGUACGAAAUUGUCGCGAACACAAUGAGAUGUACUGCAAUCAGAGCGACGUAACAGCAAUUACGUAAUACUUUAGCGCUGUAACUGGAAAUGUAACGGCAAACAUACAUAACUGCAUAAUGUAGCUAUUUAAGGCGGCGAAUUUCCUGCAAAGCCACGAAACGAACAAAAAUGUAAUGUGUAAGGGAAAUCUACGAGAAAGGCAAUGUGCGUGUAUUGCAGGUAAAUUUACCGAAGUGUAUAUACUCGUACAUGUGUAAGUAUGCAUUUGUUAGCGAUUUGUGUGGUACAUUUCAACCUACAUACAUGUCUAUAUAUGUAUGUACACAUGUUAUAUAUGUAAGCAUUAAUUUUUUUUUUUAGCGAAAGCAUGAAGAGAUUUCGUAUGAUAUGAAUGCCAUUUUUAUUGUGUGUAUACAAGUGUACAUGUAUGGGAUACAUAUUUACAAACAAGCAGAAGUCAAUGUAUAAAACAUUUAUUAGUUUGUCCUACAUCUUCGGUACAGGAAGUAUUGUACGUUUGCUAAAGUUAGUCAAUUAGAGAGGAAAUAAAAAGAUAAUAUUAACGCAAACUUCAGUAAUAAAUAUCUUUUGAAUUUCAGAAGCAAAACGACUUAAAAGAUCUUGUACUAAGAUUAAAAUUAAAUUCAAUAAGUGUAAUUUUUCCAUAUCUUUAAAUUACAGAUUUAUUUGUACAAUUUCAAUUUCAACCUAAAAAUCUUAUUCAUAAAUAAAUAAAUCAAUUAUUAUUAUUAUUAUUUUUUUUUUUUUUUGAAGAGUGCAUAAAUUACAGCAAGUCUCCUGAUCAGACUACAUUUCAAUUUGAAUAGAAUUUGAAUUUGAAUUGGAACUGAAGAUAUCCACCACACCACACGAACUAUUGGCUACACCAUCAGGUUAUAUUUGCUUCGGGUUAAUUUAUUGUUAUUUUCCAUUUUUUUUUUCUUUUUUACAUAUUUACGAUCACGUACUCAGAUUUUCUGCAGCUGUAAACUUGCCUAGAGUGUUCUUUUAGACAUUCUUAAGAAAAAUAAUGAAAUUAUAUGCGCUAAUUUACUGUUAUGGCCAAGAAUUUAGCUUUGUUAUGAAGACAAGGGUCAGCCUUUAUAUUUUAAUAAUGAUUUCAGUUCCAAAAGGCUCAAUUUCAUACCACUUUUUGAAGCAACUGGUUCCGUAUGUUAUUUAUAUCAUACGAAAUUUACUUCUUCAAUACGUCAAUCGGCUCACAUAACCUCACAAAAAUAGGCUCACGAAGCGAGAUAAUGCACUCAACAAAAGUUUCCUUCAAUAAAUUUAUUGUUUCGUUGGCUGCUUGGCAUUUAGCGCCGAAGAUCAUUGAUCGGACGCACAGCAGAGAGUAUGAACCUUUUAUUUGUCAAAUGAAAUCAAAAGCUCCUCACGAAAAUUCAUCAGCAAUUUGGAGGCAGCAUGGAGUCCACCAUAGGCGGCAUAAACGUUAUUACACACUUGGUUUUCUAUCAAAGCGAAAUUGAUUAAAUUAAUGCAAAAUAAACAUGUACUCAUUAGCAGCAAAUAUAUGCGACUACUUACAUACAUAUACUGUUACUUAAAUAUGCAUAUACAAAUACCAUUUGCAACAAUACCGUUAUAAAUAUAUCAAAUUGAUUGAGAGUAUUAACAGUGGAAAGCUUAAUGGCUGCACUCAUUAUAAUUGUAAUUGAAUAACAUAAUUCAAUAUUGGCACCUAUGUAUGUAUAUAUGUAAUUAAUUGAAAAUCAUUUAAAAUGCCAAUGAGUACAAGCCCACUGUUCUCGCUAGCUUGUGAAUUAUAAAAUAAAGGUGUGCAUUAUUUAUCACAUGAGUGUGUAACAAAUGCAUGGGAGAUUGAAAUAAUUAACGCGCAAACACGCAUUCAAUCGGUGAUAACUCAGUCUGAAAACUAAUGGCUAAUGGCAAUGCAUAAAUUAAUGAGUUGGCAAUUUCUCAAUAACAAAAAUUAUUGUAUGCAAUACAGUGGUGAAGUAGUGAUGUAUUUACGUGCAAAUUGUAUACAUUUUCCUAAACUAAACUACGACAAUUUCGUAAAUCCUUCGAGUGCGAUCAGUCGGUUGUUAAAUAAAAGUCACCCGAUUCUGCUCAAUAUACCAUAAUAAUCUCACUUCACACCUUUGCACUGUGGUUCAGGUUACCACUUUUUGUGGUCAUAAUUAAUAACUCAUAAAGUAGUCAAUAUUUUUCCGUGCGUUUUUGUCCUCAGGGUAUGCAUAUUUUUACCUUGUUUUUGGAAAGCCGCGCGUGUCACCGACCCUUCCUUUCAUUUUUAAAAAUUUUUUCAUUCGAUUAUUAAUGUGUUGUUUAUUUUGAAACAAAAACACGCCUCUACUAAGAUAACAUUUAUUAAAAAAAACUGGAAGGGAAAAAACAUAAAAAAUUAAGAGACACUUUUCGAUAGACCUCGGUGACCAACUGAAGUGAAUUGUAUUUAUUAAAAAGUUCACAAUACAAACCUUUCCUGUAAUUACUUACCUAAAAUAACACCCUUUUAGGCGGUUUUUUUCUUUAUCUCAUUCCAUACGGCGCAGCACUACGAGUACGCAAAUUUUUGGUUAUAUUUCGAAAACCAAAAUUCACCAAAAGUGGUAUUUGAAAUUACCCGCAUUUGAACAACAAUUAAAUUCUCUACAACAAACAGUAAAUUUUUUCAAUCGAUUCGACUAGACUCACAAUAUAUUUCAUUUCAAAAAUU